AUGUCCUCUUCGAAUACGAAAGGUUCUUAUUACGACCUCUACAGGCGCAACAAUACAUCGGGUCAAUCGCAGAGCAGCCAAACACCUGCCGAUACUCAGACCAGUACUCACGACGGGACUGAGCAAGGAUAUUGGAAGGAGUAUGUGGAAGCUCGUCACCAGGUAGAGGAGAACAGACGAGAUCAACAGAAGGCAGAUCAGCCUUACCCAGACGUUCCACACUCCGACCCCACGGAGUCUGAUACUGAGGCGAACAAAGGCGAGGGUAAAAAGAGGCUUCAAGCCAGACUGUAUUCAAAGCCCAAAGAGCUCGACCAAAGAGUUAGCGAAUUGGGAGAUGUUCCACACUUCGAAGACACGGCGUCUGAUACUGGGGCGACCAUAGGCGAGGGCGAAGAGGACGUUCCAGACAUAGCGCACACGAAGCCUAAAGAGCUCCGCCAAAGAGAUAGCCAAUUGGGAGGUGUUUCUCAUACCAAAGGAACGACCCCUCGUGUUGCGACAAAGCGCGGCAAGCUUAUAGUGCACCCAAAGCCUAGAAAUCCCGACCAUUAUACCGAAGGAACGACGUCUAGUGUUGCGGCAACGAAGAAUGAUGACACGGGCUAG